AUGUUUGACGACUUGGUGCAAAUAUGGCGGCAGCGGAGCAACGUUCCACAGUCAUCGCGUCGGUGGACCGGACAAGAACUGUUGGACUUCAUGGAGAGCCACCUCGUUCGCAGCCAUGGGACGAGUUUCUUCCAGUUCAUCGACGACAUUGACGAAUGCGGAGAGAAGGAUGCAAGGGAGAAUGCGACCUACUUUCGCCGAAUAACGCUGAUCUCUGCCGCCAACGGAUGCAGCGUCAAUGUGUUGGAUCGAGAAAACGAAGAUGACAUCUCCGUGUUCGUGAAGGCCCGGUUGGUCGAAUACAGAGCGGUGACUCCGCAAAGGAAAGAGCACUACAGGUCCAGUAUCAUCAGCAAGGCCAGAGGGAACUUCCUCUGGGCUGCUCUCGCUGUGGCAUUCGUGAACACCUGCAAUGGCCAUGGUACACCAGACGAUAAAAUUGAAAAGAAACUGCGACAGAGCCCGGGUGAACUAGAUGUCAGGUAUGCCCAGCUUUUUGGGGAGAAGUCGCCUGAAGAGCUUCAGGACUCUCUACGGUUUUGGCGGGCGUUCACCCUCCCGGUCAGAACGUUGGGGCUAUCCGAGCUUUGGCAUCUCUACGUAUUCUUAGACACUGCAAGACCUGAGUCACUGGAGCUAGCAUCCAAACUCGCGGGGAGAACGAGGAAAGUCGGUUGGAAUUUCUAA